UGAUGGUGAAUGCAUGAAUGUGACUGAAAAUCCUCAUUUUAGUCCGCUUGAUUUUUCGUUUGUUUGUUGUAUCAGAUCAUUCAGCAUAAAUCUACAACUGACGGAAUUUUUAUUGCCUGAAAGUCGUGCUGCCUUGCUUCCGCCCAUUGGCCUAGGCCUGGCGGGUGGAGCAAGUCUGGUGCCACCGGCACGAUCCCUUCUUGAAUGGUUGCAAUUGUCUUUGCCGAACCAACCUUUGAUAGAAUCUUUCUUAUGUCGCAAUCGCGCAUGCAGGCCUCUCGACACGAAAAGAAAUCAACUCAGUCCUCAAGCAAAAUCGAGUUCCAUACCAUACGCGUUGAACGGACAGACACGUCGACGACCACAGACACGUUGACAGCAGUGGUGCAACGGAUUCGAUCCCCUCUACAUUCAUUUCUUUGCGCUGUACCCCUCUUGCUCGUAUACUAGGUUCACUACUACCACUUCUGCUACCGCAGCGGCCAGGUCACGACCCAAUACAAGAACUAAGUCAGAUAUUACUAGCAGAAGGAGCCACGAUCACAGGAGGAAGAGGACUCCUUCUUGGGGCUCAGCAAGAUGGCAAGAACCACACGAUCUUCAUCCAGUGGGAGCAGAUAUUCUUCCAGCACUAGAAGCAGAUCUUCAACUUCAUCUAGCAAAAAGAGCAUGGAGUUAGAGAAAUCAGUCAGUAUGGCUCUUACGGAUCGUCGAACGAACGCCUCACUAGGCACAAGCAAGGUCAUGGCCAUAAGAAGACGCGCGACUACGAGGAACUACAUGAUCAAACGACGGCUUUUGAGAUUAUCGAGCUGCUUGCUGUGGUCGACGCAAGCAUCAAUCCUGGCGAAAGUUCUGAGGGGCCGUACGUCCUCCUUUGGGGGCUCGAUGAGCUCUUCAUUCGUUAAGGCUUUGCUUCCAAAAUGCUAAAAAUAGUUGUUCAUCUUCAGAAAUCGACGUCGUCCUAGAGCUAGUGCUUCCGCCAAUGGAGGUGCAUGUUCAGAGAAGUCAGCCUAGAAGGGAUUCCACCAAUGUUGGUCCGUGUUCAGAGAAGUCAACAUCCUACUUAGAAGGGCUUCCUUGAAGAUGGAGAUGGACCACUGGUGGAAUCCACCACUGGUCCAUCUCCAUCUUCAGAGAAGUCAUAUUGGUAGACUUCGUUCCUUUAUAAUGCUAAUCCAUCUACUUCCGAAGAUGGAUUAGCAUUAGGAAGGACACGUUGAUCUUCGGAAGGAAAAUGAAGAAGGCCUCCACCGAGAGGGAUAUCUACUCAGGAUGGACUCGUCUUGGAUCGACGGGUCGGGUGAGCUCUAAUUUUGCUUCGAUGGGGAUGGAGUCGUCCUCCAGCAGUUCAACGUCUCCAGCAUUUGGCGGAGAUUAUACUUCGUCUCCAAAGUCUCUGCUUGUUAAGGCUUGGCUUCUUCAUAGGCAUAGACUCAUUCAACAUUCAUUGAUUCUUUUUGGCCUAAUAAAUUGUUUACGCAUAGACACAUUGAUCUUUCAUCGUACGUAAGAAGCUAGGUACUAGCAUGUAGUUUCAUCGCUCUUCGUGACAGUUCAAAAAAAAGGUCUUAGCUGCAGUUCAUCUGAAGAAUUAUAUUGAUGAGUAUGCGUUCGAGAGUUGUGAAGUUUUUCUAGUUAAGUUGAGAAGGAAAAGAAGAUUACUAUAUCCGCUAUCGUCUGAGAGCAUGAACAACAACAUUAUAAGAAAUAUUGAUGAGUAUGCCUAUGCGUUCUUCCAAAAAAUUUUCUAAUUUUGAGGUGCAAAAGAACAAAGUGACCCGUCGUAACCCGCCCCUUGAUUUGUCGAAUCUUCUUGGUUUUAGUACCUAUGGUGGAGGUGCUAAACACGACGAUCUUAAGAUGAGAGAACUUUUUGGCGGCAAGCUUCCAUCCUCCUCCAAGGAGGACGGGAGUGGACAAGAAUGGCCGUCCAUCACGAGAGAAGUAGCAAUAGACAAGGAAUACGUAGGCCGAAACUGGGGAGGACUAACAUUAAUUGUGGAACCACGCGAUUCGCAAAUCGGUCCGAAUCAAGUGGAUCUUUUAUUAAGGCUCAACUUUCAAUGGUCAUUGGGGUUGGUCACUGAGAUCGAAGAGGCGACCCCUUGAGGAAAGAUGAGGGGAAAACGAAGGGAAAGGGGAGAGCCUUGGCGGGGGCCCCUUCCGUUCAGAGUCAGUGACCAUUGAACGCUGAGCUUUAAUUUUAGUCGGACUGCUGCAAAAGGCAACUAGUGAAGACAAAGAGGAUGCUAUCGUCUAUUAUGCUGAAUAGGUUUUUUUCCAUCUUUCUGACCACCAUCGAGGCUAGUACCCUUUUCCCCCUUAAAACUAACUGUAUACAUAGGGUAAGGAAAAGCCUCGAUGGUCUGGCUAGAUGGAAUAAACACCAUCCAUAUCUAUGGUAGUGAGGGCGGCCGUAUUGAUGUAUUGAAGUCGUCAUCCAGUUCUUCGCUUGAGGAU